AUGCCGAGCAAACCUGCACCCAUCAAGAAGUCUCCAGCCAAGAAGGCUGCUGAUAAGGCACCCGAACCUGAACCUGCUGCAGAGGCUCCAUCUGCAGAGGCUCCACCUGCAGAGGCUCCACCUGCAGAGGCUCCACCUGCAGAAGCUCCACCUGCAGAAGCCCCACCUGCAGAAGCCCCACCUGCAGAGGCCGCUCCGGUGGCUGCGGCCGAGGGGGACGCGGCUCCCGCGGGCCCGGCAGAGGAUGCCCCCGCGGCCGAGGGGAGCCCUCCAGCGGCUGCCCCAGAUGCUGAAGACGGCGCCACCACUCCAGCUGCAGAUGCUCCCGUAGAUGCUCCCUCAGCAGAAGCUGUUGCUGAAGAACCACCCAAGGCACCCACGCCUCCACCUCCCGCAGCUCCCACUAGCGCUCCUUUGGAUGUGUCGGUGGAUGAUGUGAGUGACUCCAGCCUCACCAUUAAAUGGAAGACACCAGAGACCAUUGGAGACUCUGGUUUGGAUGGAUAUACCAUUGAGUACUGCAAGGAUGGAACAACAGACUGGGCUGUAGCUAAUGAAGAGCUGACCACAGCCAACCGCUACAGCAUCAAGGACCUGACAACCAGCGACCUGCUGCAUGUGAGGGUGGUGGCUGUAAACCCUGGCGGCCGCAGUGAGCCUGGAAUGCUCGCUGAGCCUGUACCGAUCCACGAAGUUGCUGACCGUCCAAAGAUCCGCUUGCCUCGCACUCUCAGAUCUCGCUACAUCAAGCAGGUUGGCGAGCAAAUCAACCUGGUCAUCCCAUUUAUUGGAAAGCCCAAACCUGUAGUGUCCUGGCUCAAAGAUGGUCAGCCCUUGGACACAAAGAGAGUCAAUAUCAGGAACACUGACAAGGACAGCAUUUUGUUUAUCCGUGGUGCCCAGAGGGAAGACUCUGGCACUUAUGAGAUGUCCCUGAAAGUGGAGAGCUUUGAAGACAAAGCCAGCCUCACACUUCAGAUUGUGGAGCGGCCCGGUCCUCCUGCUAGUUUGAAGCUGGUGGACAGCUGGGGCUUCAACGCUGCUCUAGAAUGGACUCCACCCAAAGAUAGUGGCAACACAGAAAUCACUGGAUACAUUGUUCAGAAGGCUGACAAGAAGACAGGGGACUGGUUCACGGUGCUGGAGCACUACCACAGGCUAACGGCCACUAUCUCAGACCUCAUCAUGGGCAACUCCUACAUCUUCAGGGUGUUUUCUGAAAACCAGGUGGGCAUCAGCGAGCAGAGUGCUGUCACCAAGGAAGUGGCAACAAUCCAGAAGACAGGUAUCAAUUACAAGCCUCCUGAGUACCCGGAGCGCGACUUCAAUGAGGCACCAAAGUUCACCACUCCUCUCAUCGACCGUGCUGCCACUGUGGGAUACACCACCAAACUGCUGUGCUCUGUUCGUGGAUGUCCCAAGCCUAAGAUCGAGUGGUUGAAGAAUCAGAUGGUCAUUGCUGAUGAUCCCAAGUUUCGUCAGUCAUCCAAUCAGGGGAUUUGCUCUCUCGAGAUCCGUAAGCCUUGUAGCUUUGAUGGCGGUGUGUACACCUGUAGAGCCAAAAACCCCCAGGGAGAGGCUGUUGUCUCCUGCAAACUGGAGGUCAAACAGGUUAUUCUUCCAGAGGGUGACAAAGAAAAGGGCAAAUAAACCAAUGUUUUAACUUUCUGAGAUUGUUAGAAGAGGCAAGAGAAGUUGUUGCUGGCUUUGCAUCAGUGUGUUCAUAUUAAAGAAAUGGACAGCAAAUAAACAUUUAUCUCCACCACACACUUGUUUCAGUAUGAAAGGAAGACCCACCCCACAUCCAUCCCAGCCAUCGUUGUCUGACAUAUAUGUGUUAUUCUAGCUGGAAAGAUGCAUGCAAGACUGUUUCUUUCUGCCUCUGUUCUUUUGAUGUUUGUCAGAUAAUAAGUCUAUAGGUUGAAAUAAUGUGCCUGCUGGUGGCUAUGCCAGGCUCACAGCCCUGUUGUUACUGGGAUGGAUGACUCACUACAAAUCAGUUAUAAAGCUAGUGAUAUAAUAAUGUUUGUAAAUCAAUUUUAAGGAUUAGAAUUUGAGUUCACACAGUGUUACUGCUAUGCAAUUAAUUCUGUUUACUUCCACCUAUAUCACACCUGUAAUGUCUGGAGAUUGAUAUGGAGCAUGAAUGGAAUGUGAAAUACAGUAAUUUAUUUACUACGGAAAGAUUUUGAAAGACAGAUGUUUAAUUUGUUCUUUUAAAAAGUAGAAUAAACCCUGCAGCCGAGCUGCAAACAGGCUUGCCUCUUUUUCUCAACAAAAAUCCAUUAGAUUCAUGAAAACAUCCUUGCCUUGUAACAACUGGGCCAGGGAGAAUGGAGAAAAUCUAUUUUCAGUUAUAGUUAGAUAAACAAUGUAAAGACUUGGAGUUUAGUUCUGUCAAAGAAAACAAAUUAUUCACAAAGGACUAAUCCCUAAUCUUUGUAAACUGCUCAUAAUGAUGCAUUCUACUUCAUCGUUCAACUCAGAAUAUGACUAUGAAUUCUAAGUUACUAGUGGCAGCUGGCAAUGAUUUUACCAUCAUAUUCUUUAUCACUUAAUCUUCCAUCAAUACACAUCUCACAAUAACUUAAGUGGACUCUGUUGUUAAAAAAUGGAAAAUGUGUUAUGCAUUCUUUCUUAACCUUUCUUGUGAAUGAAACCAAAUGCCUGGCCAAAAAUCUGGGAUCGAAAAGGAAGUACUAUAAAGUUGUCUGGAAAUAA